ACACACACGUGAUGCAGUCUCACAGUCCUCAGCCUUCACUGCCCAAAUUGACGACUUUGUCUCUGCUUGAAGUAAUUGCUUAUACUACUACUUUUUUCUCAGAAAAGAGAUCUCAUUGUUCUUGAAAAAAUCACAAAUUGGACAGCUAAGGAGAUCCCAGGUUUCAGCAUUUUCCAUUUCAUGCAAUGGUUAAAUCACCAAUGAGCAGAAAACUCACAAGAAAUGGUGGCCUAUUAUAUCCAGUAAUUGGUUUAGCAUUAUUUGUCACUUUUCUUUAUUUUUCAUUUGGAGAUUUAUUGUGGUUCAGUUACAACAAAGAAAUAGAGCUAAGUUUUGUGGAGAGAAAUGGGACUCAAUUCUUUGUUGAUGGUAAAGUUUUUUACAUAAAUGGUUGGAAUUCUUAUUGGUUAAUGGAUCAUGCUGUGGAUUAUAGUAAAAGAUCAAGAAUUAGAGGAAUUUUACAAGCUGGUGCUAAGAUGGGACUCACUGUAUGUAGAACUUGGGCUUUUAAUGAUGGUGGAUAUAAUGCCCUGCAGAUUUCUCCUGGUAGAUUUGAUGAAAGAGUUUUUAGAGCAUUGGAUCAUGUUAUUGCAGAAGCGAGAAAGAACGGUAUUAGGCUAAUGCUUAGCUUGGUUAACAAUCUGAAUGCAUUUGGUGGGAAGACUCAGUAUGUAAAAUGGGCAGAGAAAGAAGGUGUUGCUUUAAGUUCUUCCAAUGAUUCAUUCUUCUAUGACCCUACCAUUCGUCGUUAUUUCAAACAUUAUGUCAAGACGGUGCUAACAAGGAGAAACUUAUACACUGGGAUUGAGUACAGGGACGAUCCAACUAUCUUUGCUUGGGAGUUAAUAAACGAGCCCCGCUGCAUGACCGAUCCUUCUGGUGACACACUCCAAGAUUGGAUAGAAGAGAUGUCAACAUUUGUGAAAUCAAUAGAUAGGAAACAUCUGCUUACAGUAGGCCUAGAAGGAUUCUACGGUCGUAAAAGUCCCAAAAAAUCAACUGGCAAUCCAGAGUUUUGGGCUGCUGAUCUUGGAUCAGAUUUCAUCCGCAACUCCAUGCUUUCGACGAUUGAUUUCGCCUCUGUACAUAUAUACCCAGACCAUUGGUUUCACAAAAAUUUCGAAGAAAAACUAAAAUUUGCAGCCAAAUGGAUGCUUUCUCACAUCGAAGACGGUGACAAGGAACUAAGGAAACCUAUCAUGUUCACUGAAUUCGGUCUAUCAAACGAGAACAAAGACUUUGAACCUGCUCAACGAGAUAGAUUCUACAAAAUGGUUCUUGAUAUCAUAUACAAGUCUGCAAAAAGAAACAGGUCGGGGGCAGGUUCGUUUAUCUGGCAGUUUUUAGUUGAAGGAAUGGAACUGUAUAAUGAUGAUUUUGGAAUUGUUCCGUGGGAGAGGCCUUCAAUGUAUCAGCUAAUUACUGAACAGUCGUGUAGGCUGGCUAGAGAACACGGUGUAUUUCCUACACAAACGGAACAUUUGAAGGAUUUUUGUACACGAACGAGUGUAUAAACCAUGUAUUCAUUUGGAUAAGAAAGAAAUUCAAUAUGUAUAAUGAAGAAUCUGGUUGUAUUUUUUCUUGUUUGAAAUUUGUUUAGAAGGAGGAGAUACAGGAUAGUUUUACACAAUGUGUUUCUCAGUUUACAGAUGUAUACUAUACAGUUUGCAUAAAAAUGAAAGUAGAGCAGAUUAUUUUCCCA